AUGUCCAAUGCGCAAACCGAUUCAUGGAAAUCACAUGGUCGAAAUCGUGGUCGUAACAAACGAAGUCAUGAUAAUAGUAUCGGCGGUGACGAAUUUCCCAGCCCAUCGAGAUAUCAGCGAACUGUUAUGGACAAAGAAAAAAGGGAUUUCGUCAGUUAUCAAAAAGAAAUGGACGAAAGACGUGAUCGGUAUGAGAGAGUCGUGAAACUGUCACGUGAUGUAAUUAUUGAAUGUAAACGAAUCAUCUUCCAGCUGCAUCGUACAGUCAUUGUUGACACAUCGAAAAAUAAAGAAGAAAUACUGAAGGAGGCAGAUAAACGAUUAAAUGAAGUGCGUAACAAAAUGCUUCGACAAAUGGCAAAAGAACUUUGUAAUCUAGAUCAAUACUAUUAUAUAAAGUCCUAUGACUGGGCUCUUGAAGAAUAUAUCGAAGCUUUGGCAUUUUACAAGUUUCUGAUAUCUGGUGAAGUGCUUAUGUACAAUGAGGUAAUCGACACAUUACAAUUUGUUGAUGAAGAAUCAGAAGGAAACAAAAAGCUUUAUAUGGAACUACCUGAGGUAACAUAUUUGAUGGGACUUUUCGAUGUGGGUGGCGAGCUGAUGAGACUUGCUAUUAGUGAGGUUUCAUCAGGUAAUUCUGACACAGCUGUAAGUAUUGUUAAUUACAUGCGGUCAUUGCAUGGCUGCUACGAGUUUCUUGGUAAUAUGACGCAGAGUGCAGAUUGGACAAAGAAAUCCCAAGUUUUCCGGGAUUGUUUGAUGAAGGUUGAGAGCGCUUUAUAUAAAUGGAAAAUCCGUGAAAAUGAUAUGUUUACCAAAGCAGAAAAUAUCGGUGCAAACAUAUUAACAUGA